GUGGCUGGAAAGACUGCAAUGGGCUCGGUGAAAAUCUCUGUACGUGCAACGGAGAAUCGUUUCCCGUGCUGACACGCUAAAAUACAGAGUUACGGUGUCUUUCUGUGAUUUCUUCCUCGCUUUUGUGCGUUCAAAUACGACAAAAGUCGCCACUGACUGUUACUGUCAGUGUUUUUUAGUAAAAACUGUUCAUUUUCUGACGGUGAAACUUUACAAAGGAUUAACAGCGAGCUAGGUUUGAGGAGGUGUAUGUCAGGAUGGCCCAAUGGAACCAGUUACAGCAGCUGGAGACCAGGUAUCUGGAGCAACUCUACCACUUGUACAGUGACAGCUUCCCCAUGGAACUACGGCAGUUCCUCGCCCCCUGGAUCGAGAGUCAGGACUGGGCUUACGCUGCCAAUAAGGAGUCACACGCCACACUGGUGUUCCAUAACCUCCUGGGGGAAAUAGAUCAGCAGUAUAGCCGCUUCCUGCAGGAGAACAAUGUACUGUACCAGCACAACCUGCGCAGGAUCAAACAGCAUCUGCAGAGCAAGUACUUGGAGAAGCCGAUGGAUAUUGCCCGCAUUGUUGCCCGCUGUCUGUGGGAGGAGCAAAGGCUGCUGCAGACCGCCACCUCUGCUGCACAGGAUGGCCAGGCAGCCCAUCCAACUGGGACAGUUGUGACAGAGAAGCAGCAGAUCCUGGAGCACAACCUCCAAGACAUCAGGAAGCGUGUGCAGGAUAUGGAACAGAAAAUGAAAAUGCUCGAAAACUUGCAGGAUGACUUUGACUUCAAUUACAAGACAUUGAAAAGCCAAGGAGAGUUGUCCCAGGACCUUAAUGGGAAUAGUCAAGCGGCUGCUACCAGACAGAAGAUGGCCCAGCUGGAGCAGAUGCUGAGUGCCCUGGACCAGCUCAGGAGGCAAAUUGUGACAGAGAUGGGAGGUUUACUGACUGCCAUGGAUUAUGUACAGAAGAACUUGACAGAUGAAGAACUUGCAGACUGGAAGAGAAGGCAGCAAAUUGCCUGCAUUGGAGGACCACCUAACAUCUGCCUGGACCGCCUCGAAACAUGGAUCACAUCCUUGGCUGAGUCUCAGCUCCAGAUUCGUCAGCAGAUCAAGAAGCUGGAGGAGCUUCAGCAGAAGGUGUCCUACAAAGGAGACCCCAUCAUCCAGCACCGGCCCGCCCUGGAGGAGAAGAUCGUGGACUUAUUCAGAAACCUGAUGAAGAGUGCUUUUGUGGUGGAAAGGCAGCCUUGUAUGCCCAUGCAUCCAGACAGACCUCUGGUCAUCAAAACAGGAGUGCAGUUCACAAAUAAAGUCAGGUUACUUGUUAAGUUCCCUGAACUCAAUUACCAACUGAAAAUUAAAGUUUGCAUUGACAAGGAAUCUGGAGAUGUGGCUGCCAUUCGAGGGUCACGAAAAUUUAACAUCCUUGGCACCAACACAAAAGUUAUGAACAUGGAGGAGUCCAACAAUGGCAGCCUGUCAGCAGAGUUUAAACACUUGACCCUGAGAGAACAGAGGUGUGGCAAUGGUGGCCGGACCAAUAGUGAUGCCUCCCUGAUUGUCACAGAGGAGCUCCAUCUUAUUACUUUUGAGACAGAAGUCUAUCACCAAGGCCUGAAGAUUGAUCUGGAGACUCAUUCCCUGCCUGUGGUAGUCAUUUCAAACAUCUGCCAGAUGCCCAACGCCUGGGCCUCCAUUCUGUGGUACAACAUGCUCACUAACCACCCAAAGAAUGUGAACUUCUUCACCAAGCCUCCAGUGGGGACCUGGGACCAGGUGGCUGAGGUGUUAAGCUGGCAGUUUUCAUCUACCACCAAGAGAGGCCUGACCAUUGAACAGCUCACCACACUUGCUGAGAAAUUACUAGGGCCUUGUGUCAACUACUCUGGCUGUCAGAUCACUUGGGCCAAGUUCUGUAAGGAAAACAUGGCUGGCAAAGGCUUCUCCUUCUGGGUGUGGCUGGACAACAUUAUUGACCUGGUAAAGAAGUAUAUCCUGGCACUGUGGAAUGAAGGGUAUAUCAUGGGGUUUAUCAGUAAGGAGAGGGAGAGGGCCCUUCUUAGUCCAAAACCACCCGGCACUUUCCUGCUGCGCUUCAGUGAGAGCAGCAAGGAAGGGGGAAUUACAUUUACAUGGGUAGAGAAAGAUAUCAGUGGAAAAACCCAGAUCCAGUCAGUGGAGCCAUACACCAAGCAGCAGCUCAACAGCAUGUCUUUUGCUGACAUCAUCAUGGGCUACAAGAUUAUGGAUGCCACCAACAUCCUGGUUUCACCUCUUGUGUACCUUUACCCUGAAAUCCCCAAAGAGGAAGCUUUUGGGAAAUACUGCCGACCAGAGGCAGCUCCUGAACCAGAGAUGGGAGGAGACCCUACAGGUACUAUUGUGCCAUACUUGAAGACAAAGUUCAUCUGUGUUACCCCGUGUCCCUCCGUGUUCAUGGACUUGCCGGACAGUGAGCUGCUUGGGAACGGAUUCCCAGGCACAAACUCUGGAAACACCAGUGACCUGUUCCCCAUGUCGCCUCGCACCCUUGACUCUCUGAUGCACAAUGAAGCUGAAGCUAAUCCAGGACAUUUGGAUUCACUCACUUUGGACAUGGAUGUAGCAUCACCCAUGUGAAGAAGUUUUCCUUCCUUCUCUGCUGGGAUUUGAUAUUCUGUUGUGAUGGAAGAUUCUCCCUCCGCACACACACACUCUGCCUGUACAGUUUGUUCCUUGUUCGUGUGUAAAAAAAAAAAAAAAAGAAAGAAAGAAAUGACUCACUUUCACACCAGAGGGAAUUGAUUUUAAAAGAUGUUCUUUUGAAAAUGUUUUUGACUAUCCACCUUCAGCUGUGGGAAAUGGUUGACUGAUACUGACCUGUUGUAUUUUAAACAGCAUUGUGCUCCCAUUCAGUACUUUACCAUCUUCAUAGAUAUAUUAAGUACCUAUAAGUGUCUGGAAUUGUGUUUUUGGAAAGAAUUGUAUUUUUGCGUCAUUGACUUUUAAAACGGUUAUGAAUUAAUGUGUUUUCUUUCUUUGAAUAAGAAAAUGUCAUGAGAAUAAUUGUUGUAUAAGCUAUGCCGCUUUUGAACUGUGCUUUGUUUCGUUUUUAUGCAUUUAAUCGUCUUUUUCAAUACGUUAUGUUGCAUUUUUAGUCCCUGCCAAAUGUAACGUCACAGGUUUUCCACCAUACCUUGGUUUCAUUUAGUGUAAUACUUUCUGUCUUAUGUUGUUGUUUUAAUCUCCAAAUGGAAUAUUUCUUAUAUUUCAUGUAGAAAAAAAACUGCAGAGAACAAAGAAGACAAAGAAUUUAAGACGCUUAAAAGAUAAUUUUCUUGUAAACUUUUCCCCCGCAAAGUGUUGUGAGAACAUAUGUGACAUAACCAGUAGAAAUGAUGCUCUGGUAACAGUUUCUUUGUCACUGCCACAUGAAUACUGUAACUUGUGAUCACGAGAAUUGCACUUGCUUUUGAAAUUGGUAGUUGAAAUAUUCUUUAUUGUGCCUGAACUCACCUGAUAUGAUGGAAUAUGUAAUGUAAAUCAUUUAUGAACGACUUGUGUUAGGGAAAAACUUGUAAUCAACUUAACCAUGGAUGUUAAAGAGAGAUAUUUCACUCUAACAGAGUGUACACGGUGAUAUCUGUAGCAGUUGACUUUUGAUCUUUCGUUCUGUUGAGCAAACCCUGUCAGUUGAGUUUAAUCCAAGCCACAUUUGUUUGUCCGUCAUGCCAUAAAAUUGUCAAGAGGUUUUCUGUAAGAUAUGCUGCAGCUAUUCAUUAUUGGACAGAAGGCAAUAAAAACAAGUUAGCACUAAAA